CUAGCGAUUUCUUUCUAUUUUGCAAGCAAUCCUGUGAACUGCUCCAGUUGUGUUCGCAGCUCCGCGAUCGGCAUUUCACUUGCAAGCCCUUGUCAAGGCUCUUUGUUUUUCCGAUCGCAUUGUUACGUAUGUACAUGUGAAAGUCUCGCAAAAAGUUGCAAUCUGAUCACGAGAAUUUUGCAACUCUGGGUCGCGUUGCUGAGCUCCGCCAUCACUCAUGCUGCGCCCCGGCCUGUCUCGUUUUCUGCCGCUCCGAAGAAUAAUUUCGUCUUCCUCUCACGCGGCUGCGGCUGUGCCCUUCUCCUCGCUGUCCAAUUCUAACUUUCGACGAAGUAAUGCUUCGUCGGUUCCACAUGAAGGACAUGAAGUGCGAGAAGCACCGUUAUGGUUCUUCUCGCGAUCUGAAAAUGGGUCCUUAGGCUUUUGCAGGGCUUUUAGUGUGUCGCGUAUGGAGCUGAAGGAGUUUUUAGUUUCAGGCACGGAAGAGACCAUUGAGGAGGCAGAGUACAUUGAGUAUGUACCGGAAGCAGACGAUUUAAGCGGUGGUGAAACUCUGACGUCUUUGCUAGAGGAGGAUGUGCAUUCUGAUACAUCGGAUGACGAGAGAUUCUCUUGUGAAGGUGUAGACGAGGGGAUUUUGGAAGAUGCAGAGCCAAAGUCAGAUCCUGAGGGUCGGAGUUACCUUCACGUGCUGACUGUAGAGGAAGUGAAAGAGAUCCUUGAUAAAACAAGGGCUGAUGAUGUCCAAGUAAUACGAGUGCGUGACCUUUGUGAGUGGGCUGAUCAUUUGGUAAUUGCAUCCGGCCAUUCAGGCAGGCAUUUGAGGGGAAUUGCCGACGCCAUCUGUUUCGAAGUGAAAAAGCGCUCAACAAACGUGGGAGACAAUGUAUAUCCAACUGUUGAGGGUCGAGACAGUGAGGAAUGGAUGGUGGUUGAUUGUGGCAGCAUUGUAGUGCACGUGUUUAGAGAGGAUGUUAGAUGUGAAUACAAUCUGGAGGAAAUGUGGCGGAAACGAAGACCAGCAAACAUUAAAGACAUUGGGCUUUGACACUAGCAGUCUGAGCAGUUGCUUAUGAGGUGGAUUUAUCUGACAUUGACUUGAGCACCAUGGCGAGCACUUUUUCCGGGCUAAAGCUUUUCGUGUGUUUUGCUAGGAUCUUUUGUAACUUCCACUUUGCAGCAAUGAAUGCAGAGCCAGGUUGAAAAUUAUAUUCAAAAACCAAUUACAAGCUAUCCAGUUUUGAUUGUUAUCAAAAGAUUAUUAAUAUCAUCAGAUAGAAAAGGAACUUUGUGCGGUGUGCUUCAAAAUGUAAUAUUACUCCGUUCCAUUUGUAGAAGCUUGUCUGAUUCGUGGCAA